GCCCUAGCGCCCGUCCUGGCGGUCCGCAAGAUGGCCGGCGACAGUGAGCCCGAGUCCGAGGUAUUUGAGCUCACGGACUUCACCACUGCUUCCGAAUGGGAAAGAACAACCUUUUAAAGUCUGCGUGGGACUUGGGAACGCUUUGAUUCAAGUUUCACAUUUCAGUGGGUAGUGCGCCCAGGCUUCCUCUACCUCUCCAACUAACUCCGUGGAACCACUGAAACUGUUGUGUCACUGAAUGUUUAUUUCCAGAGUUGAAGAAGUCUUAAAUGAUUGGAAACUCAUUGGAAACUCAUUGGGAAAGCCACUUGAAAAGGGUAUAUUUACUUCUGGCACAUGGGAAGAGAAAUCAGAUGAAAUUCUCUUUGCUGACUUCAAAUUCUCAAUUACUCAUCAUUAUCUUGUACAAGAAUCCACUGAUAAAGAAGGAAAUGAAGUAUUAGAAGAUGCUAUUCCACAAUCUAUGCAAGAUUUGCUGUGUAUGAAUAAUGACUUUCCUCCAAGAGCACAUUGCCUGGUAAGAUGGUAUGGACUGCGAGAAUUUGUGGUGAUCGCCCCUGCUGCAAACAGUGAUGCUGUUCUCAGUGAAUCUAAGUGCAAUCUUCUUCUGAGUUCUGUGUCUAUUGCUUUAGGAAACACUGGCUGCCAGGUGCCACUCUUUGUGCAAAUUCAUCACAAAUGGCGAAGAAUGUAUGUGGGAGAAUGUCAGGGUCCUGGUGUCAGAACUGAUUUUGAAAUGGUUCAUCUUCGAAAAGUGCCAAAUCAGUACACUCAUUUAUCAGGUCUGCUAGAUAUCUUCAAAUCAAAGAUUGGAUGUCCUUUAACUCCAUUGCCUCCAGUUAGUAUUACCAUUCGAUUUACCUAUGUACUGCAGGAUUGGCAGCAGUAUUUUUGGCCUCAGCAACCUCCAGAUAUAGAUGCCCUUGUAGGAGGAGAAGUUGGAGGCCUGGAGUUUGGCAAGUUACCAUUUGGUGCCUGUGAAGAUCCUAUUAGUGAACUCCACUUAGCAACUACAUGGCCUCACCUGACUGAAGGUAUCAUUGUGGAUAAUGAUGUUUAUUCUGAUUUGGAUCCUAUUCAAGCUCCCCAUUGGUCUGUUAGAGUUCGAAAAGCUGAUAAUCCUCAGUGUUUACUCGGUGAUUUUGUCACUGAAUUUUUUAAAGUUUGCCGUCGAAAGGAGUCAACUGAUGAGAUUCUUGGACGAUCCACAUUUGAGGAAGAAGGGAAAGAAGUUACUGACAUAACUCAUGCUUUGUCAAAGUUGACAGAGCCAGCACCAGUUCCAAUUCAUAAAUUAUCAGUUUCAAAUAUGGUACAUACUGCAAAGAAGAAAAUACGAAAACACAGAGGUCUAGAAGAGUCACCACUGAAUAAUGAUGUCCUCAAUACCAUUCUCUUGUACUUAUUCCCUGAUGCUGCUUCUGAGAAACCAUUAGAUGGAACUUCUUCAGCAGAUAAUAAUCCUUCAUCAGAGAGUGAAGAAUAUAAUCUCUACAAUCAGUUUAAAUCUGCACCAUCUGACAGUUUAACAUACAAAUUGGCUUUGUGUCUUUGUAUGAUCAACUUUUAUCAUGGAGGAUUGAAAGGAGUGGCACACCUCUGGCAGGAAUUUGUUCUUGAAAUGCGUUUCAGAUGGGAAAACAACUUUCUGAUUCCGGGAUUAGCAAGCGGACCCCCAGAUCUAAGAUGUUGUUUACUACAUCAGAAACUACAGAUGUUAAAUUGUUGCAUUGAAAGAAAGAAGGCACGUGAUGAGGGGAGAAAGAUAAGUACUUCAAAUAAUGUAACCAAUACAUAUCCAGGGGAUGCUGGAAAACAUGGAGACCAGUUGGGGCCAGAUAAUCUAAAAGAUACGGAUAAAGAAAAGGGAGAGGUAGGAAAAUCUUGGGAUUCUUGGAGUGAUAGCGAAGAAGAAUUUUUUGAAUGUCUAAGUGAUACUGAAGAACUUAAGGGAAAUGGACAAGAGAGUGGCAAGAAAGGAGGACUUAAGGAGAUGGCAAAUUUAAAGGCAGAAGGACGACUCCAUCAGCAUGGGAAACUUAUAUUGCUACAUAAUGGAGAACCUCUCUACAUUCCAGUAACCCAGGAACCAGCACCUAUGACAGAAGACCUACUUGAAGAGCAGUCGGAGGUUCUAGCUAAAUUAGGAACAUCAGCAGAAGGGGCUCACCUCCGAGCACGCAUGCAGAGUGCCUGUCUGCUGUCAGAUAUGGAGUCUUUUAAGGCAGCUAAUCCAGGAUGUUGCCUGGAAGAUUUUGUGAGAUGGUACUCACCCCGGGAUUAUAUUGAAGAGGAAGUGAUUGAUGAAAAGGGAAACGUGGUUCUAAAAGGAGAACUUAGUGCCCGAAUGAAGAUUCCAAGUAACAUGUGGGUAGAAGCCUGGGAAACUGCUAAGCCAGUUCCUGCUAGAAGGCAAAGGAGACUCUUUGAUGAUACACGGGAAGCAGAAAAGGUGCUGCACUACCUGGCAAUACAGAAACCUGCAGACCUUGCUCGGCACCUGUUACCUUGUGUAAUUCAUGCAGCUGUACUCAAAGUAAAGGAAGAAGAAAAUCUGGAAAACAUUUCUUCAGUUAAGAAGAUUAUAAAGCAGAUAAUAUCCCAUUCCAGUAAAGUUUUACACUUUCCCAAUCCAGAAGACAAGAAAUUAGAAGAAAUCAUCCAUCAAAUUACUAAUGUGGAAGCCCUAAUUGCUAGAGCCCGCUCACUGAAAGCCAAGUUUGGAACUGAGAAAUGUGAACAAGAGGAGGAAAAGGAAGAUCUUGAAAGGUUUGUGAGCUGCCUCCUAGAGCAGCCCGAAGUGGUGGUGGUUGGUGCAGGAAGGGGACAUGCUGGCAGAAUCAUUCACAAGCUGUUUGUGAAUGCACAGAGGCUGACUGAAUCUUCUGAUGAGGCUGCAGCCAUGGCUCCACUGGAGGAGGAACUGAAGAGAAUGGGCUCCCCAGAAGAGAGGAGGCAGAACUCGGUGUCAGACUUCCCACCCCCUGCUGGCCGGGAGCUCAUUCUGCGCACCACUGUGCCCCGCCCUGCCCCCUACUCCCGAGCUCUGCCUCAGCGCAUGUACAGUGUUCUCACCAAAGAGGAUUUCAGACUGGCUGGUGCCUUCUCGUCAGAUACCUCCUUCUUCUAAUUCUUCUAGAGCUACUCCAUUGUGGCUUUAGAGACAGAGCUGACCCCUUCUGUGGGAAGGAGGUUGUGCCAAUCAGAACCCCAGAGGCCAUGAAGAGGGCCUUUCUGGUUGAAUGAGCAUGCAUCAUACCAGCAUCUGAAAGACUUUCUCUUGACAAGCUUGGGCUGUUUUGUAGCUUGUGGGAUCAGAGAUAAUGGCUUGAGCUGGUGAAAGAUUUCUUCCCCAAAGUGAUGGCCCUUGUUUGGUGUGUGGUUAGGGACCAAAAAAAGCAGGAGCUCUCUGCACUUAACUCUGGCAAGAUUGUGUUCAUUUAUUAUUUUCUGUGACUAUCCCUUAGGCUAUUGCCUUGCAUUCAUAAUCUGUGUAAACACUUCUUAUUUUAUUAGUAUCAAGUACGCAAAAUAGAGUAUCUGUUAACUCAGAUUUCUGGAUAUUGUGAGGGUAGAUUAUAUUCUCAGAGUCUGUAUUUUUAAAAUAUUAAAUGACAUCCUGUUUAUUCAAUCACCUGAUAGCCAUCUUAAUUGUACUAAUUAACUUUUGAUGAGCAUUUUGAAUAUUCUAUCUAGGAGGAAGCCUAGAGUUCGUGUUUCUCCAUGUAACUGUGAUCUAAAUGUAAUCCUCUGAUAAAACUGUAUUAAAUGUCACUGCAAAUUAGUUUGAUAUCUGUCUUGUAGGGUUUGUGUCUCUUGUUUUGUUUUGGGUGCCACAUAAAAAGUGAUCAACCUGCACUAUGUUGUUUCCUUCUUCUCUUGGUAUACAGUAUGCAUUCCUUUUGUGGGGUUGCUGGCUGGGUACUGUACUUAAUGAAGUAGAGAUUGGCACACGCUAAAAAUAUAGCCUUGGUACCUAGAUUAUCAUGCAGUUAGUAUAAUUUGAUAUAUGUGCUACUGUAAUGAAUAGUAGGUUAUGUCAGUGAACUGUUUUACUUCUGUAUUUUAGUUAAAAUGAAAAUAAUUGGUGGGGAUAUGUAGUAGAACUGAGCAUAAGGAUAACAGCAACAUACUUCUAAUUAUCUGAUGAUCAAGGUCUGUUAAGUCUGUGUUGCUAUAUGGCCUUUGUUCAAUGAUCUUAAAUCUAUUUUUAGGCCUAAAACUCCCACUUUAAUCCAGAGUUUUUAAAAAAGUGGUUACUGAAGCAUAGACCUUGCUAAGCAACUUUAAGGAAUUAAUAGAGCUAUGUUAACCUAUUAUUUUUGUAAAAAAAAAUGUAUAUACAUAUGUGUGUGUGUGCGCAUAUGAAGAGGGGAGGCCUGGUUGGUGACCUCCCAGCUGUCACAGCACUGCUCCCUGAGAUACUGGCCUCGAUUGCAGGGGCACCGCACAGAGGCAGCGAGGAUCGAGUUUGCUUCCUAAGGAGGACCAUAACUAAGAAUCAUGUUACAAGGAGAGGCUGGACUUUAAAAAGGAUUGUGAACCUAAUAAA